AAAUGUGUAUAAAUGGCAGCAGGUAUUCCUUGUGCCUUAUUAGGAGCAUUAAUGUCGUGUGUUGUUUUCCAGAGUUGUCCAGUGCUCAGAUAAAGGAGUCCAACAGGUUCCCUAUGGAAUUCCCUAUAACUCCCGUUACGUCCUCCUGAUGAAUAACCACAUCAGCAGCAUCCAGCUGGAUUUACUCCGUGAAUAUGAAUCGAUGGAAUUCCUCACUCUGAGCAACAAUCAGCUCACAGACGGGUCCAUAGAAGGAGCUUUUGAUGGAGUUCCAGCUCUGAAGCGUCUCUUCCUGGAUGGAAACCUCCUCCAGAGCGUGCCGACUGACCUUCCAGGUUCUCUUGAGGAGCUUCGUCUGGACGGAAACCACCUGAGGGUGAUGUCUGAGACGGCUUGGACUUGCUGUCCCGGCCUCUUGGUGUUGAGCCUCAGCAACAACAGCUUUGGUAAUGGGUCUCUUCCCAAGGAUGUCCUGUCUCCUCUGUGCAAGCUGCGCACUCUGAAUCUGAAUUACAACCGGCUAACCUCAGUGCCUCUGGGAUUACCCACGUCUGUCAAGGAGCUAUAUCUAAAAGGGAACUACAUUAAAGAGUUCUGUGGAGGAGCUUUCAGUGAGACUUCAGAGCUGGCGGUGCUCGAUCUGGGUGCAAACAGGUUGACCAACAAAGGCCUGCUUAGAGAUGCUCUCCUCAACACGACACACCUGGAGAGUCUCAACUUGGAAGGAAACAAACUAAAACACGUCCCACGACACCUUCCCUCUUCACUCAAAGCUCUGAACCUGGAGGGCAACCUCAUAUCAGCCAUAAAAAAAUCCACUUUCCGCACCUUAAAACACCUGGAACAUCUGGGACUGGCACGAAAUAAGAUCUUCAAAGUGGCACCGGGUGCAUUCAGGACAUUACCCAUGCUACAUCAGUUGAACCUGGGCCACAAUGCUCUGCACCAGGUGCCCAGACAGCUGCCUCAGAGCCUGCACUCAGUGGCACUCACCCACAACAGGAUCCAGUCAGUGCCUCGCGAUGCUUUUUGUUGGAGGGGGCGGAGUCUCAGCGGGCUGGUGCAGGUGCAGCUGGAACACAAUUUAAUCAAUAUGGGGAACCUAGAUGCACAGGCUUUUAGAUGCUUGAGAGGAUUCCAGGUGGUGCACUUUUACUGAAGUCAAGGAUCCAAACAGCUGAGCUGCUUGUGCACACAAUAAUAAUUAAAAUAUGUCAAACUAUGGAAGCCCAUUCCAGCCGCUUUAAUUAAAAAAUCUCACGAUUAUGACUUAAUUCUCUCAUAUUAAUGAGAUUUGGUCUCAUAAUAAUGAGAUCAAAUCUCAAUAUUACGAGAUUUUAUCUCAUAAUUAUAAGUUAGAUAUCUUAUUAUCAUGGGAUACUAAGUUAUAAUAAUGAGAAUUUUGUUUUUAUCUGAGUGGCGGGAAUGGGCUUCCGUGCGGUUCUUGCGAUUGUAAUAAUAUUUGACUUUGUCAAGGUGAGGCAUUCAGAAACAUUGAUUUAUUUUAUUUUUGAUCAUAUUGUGUGAAAGCCACCUUGAAUAAUUUGCUUCAAAGGGACGUUUCCACCCUUUUGAAGUGUGUUUAUGGGUAAAAUAUUUAAAAACUGUAGCUGUUAGUAAAGGCUUUCUGAGCAUCCUCUGUUCUGAAAAAUAGAGUUUACAUCCUGCAGGACUAAGGCCUAGUCCACACGUAGCCGGUUUUUUUUUAAACGAAUAUCCGCCCCUCCAAAAACUUGCAUCCACACCACCUCGUUUUAAAAAGAAACUGUCCACACGUACCCGGAUAAAUACGUUGUUAAGGACAUGCCAGACCUGUAGGCGGCAGUACUUCCCCCGUUCUUAACCUCGUCCUUCGUCUGUGGUCUUCCGCAAGGAGCAGUAAUUCCGCUUGCAAAAACAAACAAGCAAAAAGCGCUUGGACAAUUGAUAAAGCGAGCGCAGCUCUGAGGGCGUCCAUGCUGUCGGCUAGUGUAAACACAGGUCGCACACGUGAUGUCAGCAUUUUUUUGUCGCAGGAAGUGACGUUGCGGACCUUAAAACUCCGGUUUUGUCUGUCCACAUGCAGACACCCAAAACGGAGAAAACACAGAUCUUCACUUUGGCCGGAGUUUUUAAAAAGAUCCGUUUUCGUGUGAAAAAACUCCGUUUUCGUGUGGAUGACAGGCCAAAACGUAGAAAAAUAUCUACGUUUUGGCAGAUCCCCGGCUACGUGUGGACAGGGCCUAAUACUAAUGGCUGGUCUGAGCAAUGUAGUGAAAAAUGACACAGAAGUGGUGGUUUAACAAAUGUUUGCAGGAAGAAGCUUUAUAAAAUAAAAUAAACAAAACUGGAAGUCCAUAUUGGCAAUGUAGUGUU